UCAAUACACGUGUGGAUUAUAAACUCUACAGUUAAUGACUGAACGUUAUGUUGACGAUAAUGUUCCAUAGGAAACAAGGCACUGACCGCGAAAUGUGAAAUGCAUUUAUUUCUAAAUGAGCAACAACGCUGUGGAAAUCUAAUUUUAUUCGUAUUAGAAUAUCGAAGAUAACAAUGAGUUGGGAAAUUACCUGUGCUAACAUGUGUCGAGGAUGUAUGAAAGUUGACGGCGUACUUCUUCCUAUGUAUGAUGACGACACGAUUAGUCAAAAAAAUUUACCUGAUAAGCUUGCUGAGCUUGCAUCAAUACAGAUUGAUAGAUUUGAUGGAUUACCAAAUAUGCUUUGUGCAAAGUGUGCUUAUCGCACAAAUGCAUUUUAUGAUUUCAAGUUACAAGUUCAAGCUACUGAAAAGAAACUUCGCAAAAUGUUUGAAACACAAAUUUCAUAUAACAUAAAGGAAGAGGCAAUGGGCGACGAUUUUGAACAAGACUGUUCAGAACAAUCGAAUGACGAAUUAUCAGAAGUGAAACUAUUAGAUGAUAAACAAGAUAUUAGGCCUAUUAAUGAUACAGACAGUUCAGAAGAAUUUUUAUCUGAACGAAUGAAUGUAAAUCAUAAAGACGAACAAGCAUUAGAGCUUGACGUAUCUGAUUUAGUGGAAGAAAACGGUGAAUUUUCUAAGGAUGGUAUAUCCGCAUUAAGAAAUAUUAUUAUUUCGAAACUAUCAGGAGGAGAAAUUGAUCAAGAUAAACGAUUAAAGGGCGAGAUACCUGAUGAAAUUUCGAAAAUUUUAGAAUCCCAACAAUUAGAUUAUACGAUAAUGUAUAUACCGGAAGAUGUUUCUUUAGAGAAUGUAGAAAAUGUGAAUGCAGACAAUACGCUUUCUUGUGAUGCUGUGAUUAAAUUAGAAAAUAAAAAAAUUGACGAAGUUAAUUGUAAUGGUGAGCUUUUAGAUGAAUCAGUAGACAACGAAGAAUUUUUAAAUAAUAUGUGUAAUGAAAAAACUGAAGAAACUAAAAAUGAUAAUAAAACUAAUAAGGACGGAAUAGUCUGGAAAUCUACAAUUUCGGAAGAAAAAUCAAAAGAAAAAAUUAAUGAGAAAAAUAUACAAAAAAAUUCACUAGAAUUUGAUCAGCCAGAAGAGAGCAAUGAUUCUGAUUCUGAUUAUUUUGUUGAUCCGAAAGAUAAUAUAUUAGGUAGCUUGAAUGAUACAAUAACAAGAAUAAAAGAAAUCAAACUUGAAGAUGAUGUAAUACAGUAUCAAUGUACUCUAUGUUUGCAAAAUUACGAUAAGUUGACUGGUGUUUUGUUGCAUACUAUAGAUAAUCAUGUGCCAAGUAGUGGACCAUUCUUUUGUGUAGUAUGCGAGAAAGAUUGUGAGAGUCACAGAGAAUUACGUGCGCACGUAAAAACGCACACAGGUCAAUUUCCCUAUUCCUGUUUCAUAUGCAAUAAAGCUUAUACGAUGAAAAGAUACUUAAAAAGGCAUAUGGUGUGCCACACAGAUUUUCCAAGGCAUCGAUGUCCGAAAUGUGGCCUCAGAUUUAAGGUUAAAUCGGAAUUAGAGUCUCACGUUACAACACAUAUACGUGGUGCGCCUUAUGCAUGUAGUCAAUGUCCACGAUUAUUUAAUCAUAAAGGUAAUUACAAACGACAUUUGAUUACUCAUUUAGAUCCGCAAGGUCUUCAUUUACCUAAGUAUCCCUGUACAGUUUGCGGAAAGAGAUUUUUAAAUAAUCGCACAUUAGAAACACAUAUGCGCGUUCAUACUGGUGAGAAGCCAUUCAAAUGCGAGGUAUGUGGACGAUCAUUCUCACAACAAGGAAAUUUGUUGAAUCACGUCAGAAUUCAUUCGAAUCCGCGAAGUUACACGUGCGAAGUCUGUGGAAAACGAUUUAAUCAAAAGGCAACAUUAAGAGAUCACAGUCUUUUACAUACAGGUGAAAAACCAUAUGUUUGUAAUGUUUGUGGAAUAGCAUUUACAUUCAGUGCCGCAUUGAGACGUCACAUGUGGACUCAUACCGGUGGUAAACCAUUCGGAUGUGAAAUUUGUAAUGCCCGUUUUGUUGGAAAAUAUGAUUUACGACGACAUAUGAGGAUACAUACAGACAGACCUAGAACGAAACGAAGGAAAAAUGUGAUUAAGUCGAAUAAUGAACAAGAAGAAAUUAAAGAAGAGAAUAUCGCAGCUUCAGAGCAACUAACUAAUUCAGAGACUGUUUUAAUAGAACAAGUUCUAUUAACUCAAGAUGUUACGCAAGUUGUGCAACAAGAGUCUGAGAAAGAAAAUGUUGAUGCUCUUUUUAAUCUUAUACAAUAUGGUUAAUAGAGCUUCUUUUUUUAUUAUUAUAUAUUGUAUAAACAUAUUUUUUAGUUUACAUAUAUUUUGAAAAUAGAAUACACAUUUUUUUCUAAAUUAAAUUAUUAAGGAAAAUAUUAAGGAGCAUCUCAAAAUUGUACAUUAUAUAUAUGUACUUUGAAAUGAUAAAUAAUGAUAUAAAAUUAUAGUUAUAAACUUUAUAUUUUUGAAGGGAAUAUUAUAUUACUCUAUUUUCAAAAAUCACGUAUAUUUUUGUCCAAUUAAUGUAUACGAUUUGUAAAACAGUAUCAACAAAAAAUAUUAACUAUUCUAAUGAAAGUUCUAAUGAAAAAUAAUUUUGCAAAAUGAAAAAAGUAAAAAACAUGUGCUUUCUUUAAUGAUAUUUCUUUUAUGAAAUUUAUCUUUUAAAAAAGAAAUUUUUCUUAAUAUUUAUUAAUUUCAUAAUUCACAUAGAAUGUAUUUAGGAAAUAGAUACAGUACAAAAAUUUAAAUUUUAUUAAUUUUUUAUCCACAUCAUUUGCUUUCAAUUCAAUUUGAAUCAUUAUUAGAAAGCUUUAUGAAAAUCUUAGAUAAAUAUGUUUUAAUUAAAUAAGAUGUAUUUGAAAAUGUAUUAUAUAGAUUAUUUUAAGUUUGAUCGUUACUCUAUAUUCUAUUUUUUUCAUUAUAAUGCACAUGAUGGUAUACAACAUAGAUAAAUUUUGAAUGACUUCACCUCUAUGUCAAUGAAAUGUAAUUGUCAAUUUGAAUACAUUUGUUGUUUGCGUUCCUCUUAUCAUAAUUUUGUAAAAUAAAUAUAUAUAUAUAAUAUAUAUAUAUAAUCAUAUUAAUUUAUAGAUAUAAUGUAAUCAUGAUAGUAUCUCAAAAAAAGAAGUGCUUUAUAUAACUACAAAGCAAAUAAUUGGAAUAUUUCAAAAUUGUUAAUAAUUAACAGUAAAAGUAUGAAUACAAAAUGUUGUUAUGUAUAAAAUAAUAACGAAAGUUAUUUGUAUUAUAUUAUUUAUUGAUAAUAUAGUAAAUACGUAUAGCAUGAAAUAUAAUAUAAAAUAUGUAGUUUGAAAUAUCAAAAUAGAAUCAUAAUUUCAUUUAA